UCAUCCGGAGCGCCCGCUAUUUAAACCCUUUCCAGGCGGCCGGCGAGCCCAGCAUCGCUCCUAUUCCAGUUUCCAAUUUCCGAUUCCAAAUGAAGAGGAAGAGAGAAGAGAAGCGGAGGAAGUUCCACCAGGCUCUCCUCAACCUCUACCAUCCCCCGCCGCCGCCGCCGCCGCCGCCGCCUCCCGUCACAGCACCACAAUUAGCUGAAGAGGAUUCUGUGGCAAUGGUUUCUGGGUGCAUAGACUUGGACUUGGACCCAGAAGAUGCUGACAAUGUGGAAAAGGAAAGUUCGCCAAGCGGUACAGGUGAGUUGGUGCCACAAAAGCUCACAAGAGCUCAAAGAAAGAGGAUCAGGAAGCGAAAGCUAAAGGAAGCUGCAUCAGUUCGAAGAAAAUUUGUAGGACCUCUGUUGCCGUCUGCCUACCAAAAUCUUGAAGAUGAAACCUCAUGUAAAGCAGUGGAAGGAAAGAUUAUGUGAUGCUGUACAGAAACCUACACAGGAAUCAUCAGGUCAGGAUAAAGGCUGAAGGAUGAUUGUGAUAGUUGCCUGGUUUUUCUUAAAGAAAUGUGCUUUGGGGAUCUGGCUACAAGCUUUUCACAAUGGGGUCCAUUCUGUACAUGCUGCUGCUUUCUUUUUUCAUAUCUGCAUUUUAGCCUUUCAUAUUUCAUUUCUGCAUUUUAGUCUGUGAAGUUCAAUUUCACUUGUAUGCGGUACCCCAUAGGAUGAAGCUGCUCUUAAUUUGCAUGGCAGGCGGAGAACAUUGUUUGGAAUUGUAACAGAAUAAUUGAGGUUUCAGGCUCGAUGGAGGUCAAGCUUCGCUGUGGGAACGUGAAUAAACCUAAUCUUCAAUACCUGUUGUCGACCACUUCAAAAUUAAGCAUCCAUGAAAUCAAACAGCAAGUGUGAGUUUCAAAGAGGCAAAAUACGCUUUCAGGAAGAGCGAUGGAACCAUGAAGCCUAGCUUGGCUUUAUCUUGAGACUGGAAACCAUGCUUUUUUUUUUUGGUAAGGAACUAGAAACAAUGUUUCAAUUGCUGCUGUAAAUGCAGUUUUGUGAAUUUUAAAGUGGAGGAAGCCAACAAUUAUUUGAUUAUUGCUUAUCUUAAAGAUUAGUUCAUAAUCUUGAUCGAGAAUAGCACCAACAAUUAUUUUGUUAAA